ACUGCAAGUCACUGAGCAACUUUUGUUGCGGUUUCUUUUUUGAUGGGAGUGGACAUUUCAGGACGAAAACAACAGAAUGCGCAGUCAUUUUGAUUUUUUAAAGCGUACAGAACCCGAAAAAACGACACAUUGAGCCGUUUCUUUGUAUUUGUUUCCUUGUUGAAUGUGAAAAAUCUGAUGACGCCAUCUACAGCUGUGCGCGUGACUCAUGCUGAGCAGCAUUCCGUGGUAAGCAGUUAGUGGGUGGGACAGGUGACAGGCAACAGGCCGGCAAGUGACGGGAAAACCUAACCCGUAACUUGUGGGCGUGGUUUAGGUUUGACUGCGUAUCUCCAACCAGAAGCCUUGUGUAUUAUUCCUCUCCAGGCUCUCCUUCCUGCUCAGAGUGCACUUUCUUCUUACAGCACAACUUCCUCAGCAGUGAAACCUGUUGAACAAGCAUGAUGGUGAACUGCUGUGGUCUGCUCACAGCCAGUAAGGAACCAGUUCCUCUAAAGAGCAUCGAGGUGGAGGUGGAGGUGAGGGACCAUGUGGCUACAGUGGUCUCCACUCUGAACUAUGAGAACAAGGAGGACAAACCAAUAGAGGCAGUUUUUGUCUUCCCUCUGCCUGGAGAUGCUGCUGUCUGUCAUUUCAGUGCUAAGAUUGGACAAAAAGAGAUUGUAGCUGAGGUGAAGGAGAAACAGAAGGCUCGAGAGGAGUAUGAUGAUGCACUGAGCUCCGGUCAGCAGGCCUUCCUGUUGGAGGAGAGUGAGCAGAGUCCAGAUAUAUUCUCUCUGAGUGUGGGCAGUCUGCCUCCAGGAGAGAGCGCCUCCAUCAGGCUGGAGUACGUCACUGAGCUGGCUGUGCAGGCUGAUGACGGGCUGAGGUUUUGUCUGCCUGCUGUGCUCAACCCUCGCUACCAACCUCAGGGGAGUGAAGGGAGUGAAGUUGCCAUUGUCAAGGUGACCUCUGUCCCAGCCUCUCUGGUGCCCUACAGUCUGUCUUUCUCUGCCCGAGUGUCCUCUCCUCGUCCAGUCUCUAAAGUAGAGUCCAGCUGUUCCCUGGAUCCUCUGCAGUACCUCAACACAGAGCAAACCCAGGCCAUGGUCAAGUUGGCUGCAGGACACAAGUUUGACAGAGAUGUUGAACUGCUGAUUUAUUACAAAGAUGCCCACCAGCCCACUGCUGUGGUGGAGGCAGGACAGGCGUCUGCCAAGCCUGGCACUCUGAUGGGUGAUCCAGUAGUGAUGCUGAGCCUGUACCCUGAGUUCCCCCAGGCUUUGAUGUCUUCAGUCGCCUCAUGUGGAGAGUUUGUGCUCUUAUUGGAUCGAUCUGGCAGUAUGCAGGGAGAACGUAUGAAGAGUGCCAAGGAUACUCUGCUGCUCCUGUUGAAGAGCUUACCAAUGGGCUGCUAUUUCAACAUCUACAGUUUCGGGUCCAGCCAUGAACACAUCUUCCCUAAGAGUGUGGAGUACAGCCAGGAGACCAUGGAACAGGCUCUGAAGAAAGUUGGGGAAAUGACGGCUAACCUGGGAGGAACAGAGAUCCUGAGGCCCCUCAAAGAUAUUUACAGCCAGCCCUGCAUUCCCAAUCAACCUAGACAACUAUUUGUCUUUACUGACGGAGAGGUGUGGAACACCAAAGAAGUCAUCAGUCUGGUGAAGAAGAAUUCAGGUUCCCACAGGUGCUUCUCUUUCGGGAUUGGGGAAGGGGCCAGCUCUGCUCUUAUCAACGGGUUGGCCAAGGAAGGAGGAGGUCACGCUCAGUUCAUCACAGGGAAAGAGAGGAUGCAGCCUAAAGUGAUGCAGUCGCUGCGAUUUGCUCUGCAACCAGCUGUGGUGGACGUCUCAGUCAACUGGGAUGUGCCAAAGGGAGUCUCUGUCACUGCUCUCUCUCCACCAAUCACAGCACUUUUCCAGGGUCAGAGGUCACUGAUUUAUGCCCAGCUGACUGGACAGAGUUCAGAGGCAGCAGAGGGCUGUGUGACGGUGAAGUACAGCCUGGCAGGUCAUCCCUCUCAGAACCAGCUCCACUUCAAUCUCACGCCUGCAGAGGACACUGGAUUAACAGUCCACAGGUUGGCUGCUCGGACUCUGAUUCGCUCCCUGGAGAUGGAGGAGAAAGAGUGCACAGGAGAGCAAGGUGAAGGAGUGAAGAAGAAAGUGGUGGAGGUCAGUGUCCAAUCAGGAGUGAGUAGUGUCUUCACUGCCUUCAUUGCUGUCAACAAAGGCGAUGGCGAGGCGAUUCAGGGACCUCUGGUGCGCAGAAAUGUUCCAACACCAAUGAUGAUGGCCUAUAGUAUGCCUAUGCCUAUGAUGUCUAUGAUGCGGUGUGCUAAAAUGUCGAUCAACUGUGAUAUGGGACCUACUCCGAAGUGUGCUGCCCCACGUAGUCGAGCAUUUUUCUCUGGUAAGAAGAAAGCUGUCAUGGUGAAACCAGAGAUGAUGGUCUGUAGUAUGCCACAGCAGCUGAGCAAUGAUUUGGAAAUGGAAGAAGGCUGCUCAGAUGAAUUUCCACCUGAGCAGCCACCCAGAGACCCUUUGCUGCAGUUGAUCUCCCUCCAGAAGGCGUCUGGCAGCUGGGAGCUGGAUUCAGCUCUGGCUGCUGCACUGGGAAAGACCAGCAAGGAGGUGGAAAAGCCAAAGCCUGCAUCGGUGAACCAGGAAGUGUGGGCCACCAUUCUGGCUCUGAUCUGGCUUCAUGGCUCCAAGAUGGAUGCUCAGGAUGAGUGGGAGCUUCUGGCCAUGAAGGCUGUGUCAUGGCUCCGUGCUCAGAAUGCACCAUGUGUGACAGAGUGUGUGGAAGCUGGAAAUACUCUGUUGGGUUUCACGGUGAAGAAAGACGCCCUGGGACUCUGAAGUUUCACUGAAGGAGUUUCUCUUUAGGAUUGGUACCCUGAAGCAGAUUCACUUCAUCAACACUGCACCACACCAUGUACCUAGUAACAGUUAAAUCCAAUUCUUUUCUGUUUUCAUUUGGCAUUUCUCCUUGUUGAUACGUUUAUUGGUCUUUUUAAUCAGAACAAAUUUGGUUUUUCAUUGUAAAAGUAAAUAAAGUAAAUUUAAACGAAUGUAAAUUUGUGUCUGAAACAACUGAAAAUUAAAAUUGGAGCUUUGAACAAAA